GAGGUGCCCAUGGGUUUUUGCAGCCCGUGGGGCUGCCCCCUCAGCCAAAUGCCAUGCCGAGCUACGCGGAGCUAUGGUCCAGGACGGCGGCUGGCGAGGUGGGCGGCCUCGAGGCAAGGCAAGUGCUGCCUGAGCUGCUGGCUGCGCUGCCGGAGCUGCAAGAGGAGGAUGCUGCCAGCGCGCUGGGCGCUCUCGCGUGCCUGGCGCCCCUGGUGCGAGACGAUGCGAGUGCGUGCGAGCUGCAGGUCGCGAGCUUUUUGCUGCAGACUUCGUGUCCCCUGACGCUGUCGCGGGCUGCGCUCUGUGUGGAGACGAUGAGCAGCGAAAGGCCAAGUCGCGAGGUGUUCCGGCGUUGCGGCGUCGUGCGCGUUUUGGUCACCGCCCUGACAUCCGAUUCAUCGGAGUGUGUGGCAGCCGCCUGCGCCGCGCUGACAGCGCUGAGUGUGGAUGAGGACUGCCAGGCGGAAAUCGCUGUGGAAGGCGGCCUGGAGCGGUUGGUGCCUUUGCUGUCGGUGAAGGUGUCUGAGUGCUUGGGUCACUUUGCGCUGCAGGAGUCAUACAGGAUACGGCUGCGGCGCCUGGGUGCGGUGCCGCGCCUGGUGAAGCUGCUGGAGUGCCAAGCCAUUGGGCCUGCGGCGGCAUUGCUGAACCUAAGCGUGGACGAGGACUCCAAGGCGGAGGUGUGCAAGCAGGGCGGCCUGCCACGUCUCAAGCAGCUGCUGGCGAAUGGAACGGAUCAGCUCCGGCAGGUGGUCGCCAUGAUCUUUGGCAACCUUGCCUCCCAGGAGGAGUGUGCCCGAAUGAUGACGGAGAGCAGCUGUGAUUUGGCGCUUCUGCGUUGUCUGACAGCUGGGGACCUGGUGGCAGAGAAGGCCGCCGAGGCGCUCUUGCAGAUGGCCGCCCAUCCGAGCUGCCGCGCCAUCUUGCGCCAGGAGGAGAGGCUUCGGCUCCUCUUCGCCGCCUUCCAUGGACCGGCGGUGGUGGCGCCAUGCCUUCGCAUGGUGCAGUUGCUGGCGCAGGAGGCGCCGGGACGCCGCGCCGCCGGCCAAGCGCUGCCCUGGAUCCUGGCAUCCCUGCGGGAUUGCUGUGCGGAGGAGGCCGCCGCCGCAGCCUGGAACUUGAGCAUGGAGGAGACCUUUGCAUCGGAGCUCUGCCGACAAGGAGGUGUCAGUCUGCUGCUAGACGUGGCCAUCAGCGGCAGCCAUGCAGCCCUGGGCGCGCUGCUUCAGCUGGCUGCGCUGGAGGACGGCAUGACUCAGCUGUACAAGCUGGGCGCGGUGCCAAAGCUCACAGCGCUGCUGAGCCACGAGCUUCUCGACGUGGCCGUCGCCAGCGCACAGCUGCUCACCUGCAUGGCGCUGGAGGCGGAGACCUGCGUUCAGGCCUGGGACGGCGCGUCCUCGGCGCUGGCUGCAGCGCUGGGCGCGAACUUGGGGCGACCGCUGGCGGCGGCGGAGAUCUGCAGCUGCGCCUGGCUGCUUUGCAGCGACCAGGGCAGAGGCGACGCCUUCGUCGCGGCCGACGGCCUGCGCUGCCUUUGCGCCAUGCUCCUUGAGGAAGAGGGCCUGGAGCCGGUGAUGGGCACUUUGGCAGUGCUCAACCGGCACAAGGAGGCCUUCCUCGAGAUGGGCGGCGUGGAGCUUCUGGUGCCACUCCUCACAGCGAACAAUCUCCGGCAUCGGCAUCUGGCAGCCAAGGCGCUUUGUGCGGUGCUGGACGAGGAAAACGCGCGGAAGAGGCGCUUGGAGGAGCUGGGGGUCUACGAUGAAUUCAAGGAGAUCCUUGCGCAGCUUGGAUGAAGACGCCUCGUGAGGGUCCCCCAGCCACCAAC